GGGUCACUGUCUCUGAGGCUAAUUAACAUUAAUACAGACAUAAACUCCACACGUCUGCUGGUGCUAUUCUCAGACCAACCUGAUAUUUAAACCGGAUAAAAAUACAAGUUUUUGUUGAUAGAUAGAUAAAUAGAUAUCUCUGGUGUGAUGGAGAGGUGAUGUGCCAGUCUGAGAAGUGAAGAGGCCACAGCAGCCAUGACUGAGUGCUUCCUGCCCCCCAGCAGCAGCCCUGCAGAGCAGCGACGGGCCGAGCACCCAGGGGGUGUGGCGCGCACCCCCAGCUCUGAGGAGAUCAGUCCAACUAAAUUCCCCGGCUUGUACCGCACCGGGGAACCAUCGCCGCCUCACGAUGGCCAUCACCACGAGCCGCCUGACGCCUACGUGUCGGACGAGGAAAAAGAGCACGGCAAGAAGAAGAACAAGUUCAAGAAGAAGGAGAAAAGGACGGAAGGCUACGCAGCCUUCCAGGAGGACAGUUCAGCAGACGAAGCAGAGAGCCCGUCCAAGAUGAAGCGCUCCAAGGGAAUCCAUGUGUUCAAGAAGCCCAGCUUCUCCAAGAAGAAGGAAAAGGACUUUAAAGUGAAGGAGAAGGGCCCCAAGGAGGACAAGGCAAAGGAUAAGAAAUCAAAGGACCUGACGGCUGCAGACGUGGUCAAGCAGUGGAAGGAAAAGAAGAAGAAGAGUAAGAAACCAACAGCAGAGGCAGAGCCUGUCCCAGUGGAGAUCCCCACCUUCAGGCCAAUCUUUGGAGCACCUCUGGCUGAAGCAGUCAAGAGGACAGCUCUGUAUGAUGGGAUCCAGCUGCCAGCCAUCUUCAGAGAAUGUGUGGACUACAUUGAAAAUUAUGGCAUGAAGUGUGAAGGCAUCUACCGGGUCUCAGGUAUGAAGUCAAAGGUGGAUGAAUUAAAAGCAGCAUAUGACCGUGAAGAGUGUCCCUGCCUGGAGGAGUACGACCCUCACACCGUCGCCAGCCUUCUGAAGCAGUACCUCCGUGAGCUCCCGGAGAACCUGUUGGGUCGGGAUCUGGUCCAGCGCUUUGAAGACGCCUGCGGUCGGCAGGUGGAGGCAGAGAAGGUGACGGAGUUCCAGAGGCUGCUGGCUGAGGUGCCCUCUGAGAGCCAUCUUGUUCUGUCCUGGCUUGUCACGCACAUGGACCACGUCAUCGACAGGGAGGCGGACACGAAAAUGAAUAUUCAGAACAUCUCCAUUGUCCUCAACCCAACCAUACAGAUUGGGAACCGUGUUCUCUACAUGUUCUUCACACACGUCAAGGAACUGUUCGGAGACGUAGUCCUGAAGCAGGUAGUGCGGCCGCUCCGCUGGUCCAACAUGGCAACAAUGCCGGCACUGCCAGAGACUGCUGAGAGCAUCAAAGAGGAGAUUAGACGACAGGAGUUCCUGCUGAACUGCCUGCACAGGGACCUGCAAGCAGGGGUGAAGGACUUAUCCAAAGAGGAGCGACUCUGGGAAGUUCAGAGAAUCCUGACAGCUCUGAAACGCAAACUGAGGGAAGCCAAACGUCAAGAGUGUGAGAGUAAGAUAGCUCAGGAGAUAGCAAGCCUCUCAAAGGAAGAUGUCUCGAAGGAAGAAAUGACAGAGAAUGAAGAGGAAGUCAUCAACCUCCUCUUAGCACAAGAAAACGAGAUCCUGACAGAGCAGGAGGAGCUGAUCUCUCUUGAGCAGGUGCUUCGUAGACAGAUUGCCACUGAGAAGGAAGAAAUCGACAGACUGCGAGGAGAGAUUGCAGACAUACAGAGCCGGCAGCAGGGUCGCAGCGAGACCGAGGAGUAUUCAUCAGACAGUGAAAGUGAGAGUGAAGAUGAGGAAGAGCUGCAGAUGAUCCUCGAAGACCUGCAGAAGCAGAACGAGGAAUUGGAGAACAAAAACACCCACCUCAACCAGGCCAUCCAUGAGGAGCAGGAAGCCAUCUUAGAGCUCCGCGUCCAGCUUCGCCUCCUGCAGAGUCACAAACUGCAGCAAGAACUGACCGUCCAACCACCGGCCGAGCAGGCCCCGCCCACACAGCCGAGCCCGGAGCCCCGCAGUGAGGAGCAAACCAAACGCAUCGUCACCACUCCAGCUGCGAGUGCAGAUACCGCUCCUGCUCCUGCGUCUGCCAACGGCAAGGCAGCUAAGGAUUCUUCCAAGCCGUCACCGAGCAAAGACAGGAGAGACACCAACAUGUGAGAAGUCUGCUCUCAGUGAUGUUUUUGGUGGCUCUGUGCUGCUGUUCGUCUCUGCUCAGUUGUCCUGUAGAGUCACUCGUUACUGACUGGAGAUUUCACUUUGCUGGAGUUCAUUAUUGGCAGUCUUGGAAAAAUUGGUUAUACUAUUGUUUUUGUAUCAAAUAUGUUGUUUCCCAUCUGCUCAUGCAAAACCAAAAAUAUCCAUAGUAGAUUAUCAGCUAUAGUGGACAACUGGCUAACGCUGAGAGACCAAGGGACCAUAUAUUAGAAUCUACAGUGCCAAGCCUGUAUGAAGGAAGGAGGAGGGGUGGUGUAGAGAAAUGAAGGGACUCCCAAAGCAAGAAAGGGGGAUAGAGUAAGAGGAGGGUUCCACGCCAGUAAACAAGUUAAAGUGUAUUUUUCACUGGUGAAGGCUGGAGGAGAGAGGCCAGACUUAAUCUCAGUCCAUGUUUCUUAUGUCCCUUACCUUGAUGCUAAUCCGACAUGUUAGGAUAGAGACCACUGUGCCAUAACUGAAGAUGCCAGACUGGACGCUUCCCCCCGAGAGAACCACUAACACAAGAAGCUCUUUGAAUGAUGAAGAAUUUAUGAUUGGUUAACUAUAUAUUAUAUAUUUAAGUAGUAUUCUGAAGAAUACUGAUGACUAUCUAGAAAUCCAUUGAUUUUUAAUUACAGCUUUUUAGUAAUAUAUGAAUAUAUGUAUAAAUAUAUUGUAGAUGCUUUCUUUUCUUUGAACAACAGAUGCACGUCAAAAGAAACGUUUCAACUCGCUUACUGAUCAGUGGAAGAAAACGCAAACGAACAACAAAUACAUAACAGAAGAUAUUUGAAUCAGUGCAUAAAGUAGAAACAUCCUGGAGACAGCGAAGGAAUCACACUCUGCUCUAUAGUGCAAUCAUCUUCUCUGUUACUCUGACAUUCGUCCAGUUUAAUGACGGAGUAACAAACCUGUAGUGAUGAGUACUGUCGCCAAACGUCUGACAUACAGGAGGCUUGAUGAGUUGGAUUGUGUGUAUUUAACUCCUGAUGCGUGGAGAUGUCGCUCAUGGGCUUCAGUUUGAAGUGACAUAAGUGUCAAUCAUUUCAUUUCACAACUGAUCCAUGAUACUGCAAAGUGCUGUCAUAAUUCAGUGAUGUUUAAAGCAGAGGCAUGGCCUGGCUCACUUACUGUUUCUGUACAUUAUUGUAAAAUCUCAAACAUACUGUAUUUUCAGCUCUUAUGUUUUGUCAUAUGUUCUUUUUUAUUAUUAAUAACCUGUAUGGAGUAUGCUCGUGUGACUGCCCCUGCUUUGGUCACGGGCAAAUCAAAGCAAUCUGGUCUGGACUCAUGAUUCAACCUGUUAUUAUUAAUCCUGUGACUGAAACAGAUAAACGCUAGAUUGGGCUCAGAAGCUUCUCAUGAGGUUAUUUUCAUAUCGUUCCAAGCUUUUGUAGCUUAUCGUUGCAGACAGAAUAAUGCUGUGAAGAAUAAAGUGUCAAUCCAAAAAAUAAA